CUACGAGCAUUGAAAGCCAAACAAUUUGAACAACAGCUAAUGUCAACGGAACUUUCCAUCUCACGACGUACGUAGUUGUAAGGGAGUCCUUAGCACGAUAAUUGGAUUGUACAUAUUACGGAGUGUGCUAUCGGAAUUGUCUUCAAAUGGCGGACUACUUUGAUAUUGCUCAGAGUCUGCUGUUGAACGACCGCUGGAAACUAUGGCUGUCUCCGGAGGAAGGAAUAGUAUUCAUCAACGCAGCUAAGGACCAGGCAAAAUGGACCGAGUUUAUGAAAGGACCCCAAGUGUCUGCGGACGGUGCAAAAGAAGAACCGGAACAUUCGCAAGGUGGAAGCCGUUUUGGCGGCGCUUCCGUUUCUUCUUCCACCAUUGCAAACUUCCGUAUCCGUGAGAUGAUUUUUGAGCAAUUGAUACCGGAACUCUACCCAGAUCGGAAGGAUUUUACCACGGCACUCGUCGACAGGGACUCCAUCAACGACAUCCUGCUAGCCAAUACUUUGAAAUCUCUAUCAAAUGGCAAUGGGAUUCGAAAGCAGACGGAUGUCGACGACGAAUAUGAUGAGAAUUCUGAUGUUGGGUCUGAUGGUGAUCAACAGCGACAAAAGGUGCCUGCAUUUAGCACUCUGACCGAGGAAGUGGAUGUGAAAAUGGAUAUCCCUAUCGACGAUAUGUACUAUAGCUAUGAUUACGAUGUGGAAGCUAUGGAUUACAUGACAUCGCUCAAUGAGCGCGUUUCUCGAGAAGAACUAGAAUUAUUUGACCACGAAAAUGACAAGACAGAGGCUGACGAAAUGACAAAAGAGGUCCAUUCCAGCCUAAAGUACCUGUUUAUGGUUGUGAACAAGCAAGCCGAACCAGAACGCCUUCAAAAUAUAAAAACAUUGUUAGAUGAAGUUAGACCGAGCAGAUCAAAAUGGCACAGUGAGAAUAUUGGACAAGAGGAGCUUUACGCGGCAUUAGAGAAGGUUUUGAAUGAUUUGAAGAAUUAUACGGCCCAUUCAUUUCCAUUUUUGAAACCGGUUGCGAAACGUGAGGCUCCUGACUAUUAUGACGUCAUCAAACACCCGAUGGACCUCGGAACGAUGACAACAAAGUUGAAUAAUCACCAAUAUCAGAGCAAAGCACAAUUCUCAGAGGAUCUAUACUUAAUAUGGUCAAACUGUAUGCUGUACAACACGAUACCACCAGAUAAUAUUUAUCGACGUCAUGCGACGGCAAUGCGACGGAAAACAACUGACCUUUUAAAGAAGGUUCCUGAUAUCACGAUCAUCAAAUCCCGAGCUGAUGAAGAAGACUCGGAUGAUGAAGAAGAAACCCCCAAUGGAGUUGCAAAUGAUACCUCAAAUGAAAAUGGAAUCUCGGUAACCACCGAGCAAGAUCGACCUGCACAGGUGGAUGAAAAGCGAUCGGCGUCUGUACUGUCUGAGAUUCCUGAGUACGCUGGAUCGCCCGCAGUGGAGGAACAUGAGGCGGCACUUGCCAAUGACAGUGCACACUUUCCAGAUACAAUGACCCCCGCCCCGCCGGAUGAGACGACUGAGGAGGCCAUUGAUGAAGGCAAUAUUCAAGAGAGACGGUGGAAAGAUGUGACCAUGCAGUACCGUUACGAACUAUGCAGCAAACGCAGAGCUCAAUUGAAAAGACCCUUUCCUGAGCGUCAAGCGAUAGUACCCACGAGGGAAAGUUUGGGGGCAUCAGUGGACGACGAGAGGGAAUACGUGCGUCGUAACAAGCGACGCAAACUCGCAUAUUCUAAAUUCAAGGAUCCUUGCAAACGAAGAGACUCUGCCAUGAACCUUUCAGAGGAUGAGGAGCUUGAAAUCGCUCUGGAGGAAAGCUUUCUUCCGGAGCUAAAAUACACUUCUGGCUGUGUGCCUUCCUUACCCUAUCCACCCUUUAAAAUUGGCAAUCGCGUAGUCGACCCGUCACAGCUCUUUGAAGAUCCGAGUGAGCUGUUGCGCACGCAGCCAUCCUUAUCGGAUUUCCCUGAAAUCCGACCGAAGCGAAAAGGAAUACUGAAUAGUCAAAUUGAUCGAAAUAUAAAGGACCUUCAAAAAGUGAAGGAAAUUCACGCGAAGAUCCUGGGUCGUGAGUCGGGAGUGACAGACGAGACUCCGUGGAGGUCGCUCGUCAAACCUUAUCAACCUUGCUGCAGCGAAACGUCACUACCACCGUUCACCCUGAACAGCGCCGCAGCCGCCGAUGUGGCAAAGCAGAGCGUAGCAAAAUUGCUGAUGCAUUCUGGCUUCGAUGUUGCGUCCGAGUCCGCUUUGUGCACUCUGACCGAUACUUUCCUGGAUUAUUUUCACAACAUCGGGAAAACACUGCGCCUUUAUAUGGAUAAAUUCUCUAAAACAAUGUCCCCUGAGGACCUCUUGCUCCAUGCACUGCAAGAGAAUGGCGUUGAGAAUGUGAACCAACUCGACACGUAUAUUCGGCAUGACAUUGAAAGAUAUGGGGAUAAGUUAUAUGAUCUUCGCAGGAAGAUGUCUUAUGCAUACAAGGAUAUGGUUAAGCGAGCUGACGGUGAACUCGAGGAAGACGAUAUUGAUGUGGAGGAGGCCGCCGAUGAUUUCAUGAGUGGCAACUUCUUUGGCGAUUUGGACAUGCUCAGCUUGCGGGAGCUCGGCAUCGAAGGGAUCACCAGCAUUCCACGAGAACUUUGGAGCAAAAAAGCAGACCGACCAAUAAGAGCACGAGUUCGACGGCAAGCGCCACAGAGGGAGGAAGAAAAUGCCCCAAUUGAAGAGGCAGUUGGCAAGCCAUCUACGAUACCUUGGAGACCCGUCGACAUUCACAAAGUCAUUGGCUUGCUACGACCUUUCUAUGAUAGAAAGAGAGCAGCUGGUGACAUGAUAGAGGAUGAGUUCAAAGAACAAGCUGGGCCCUCUAGGGCUAAGAUCCACCUCAGUCAGGCCAAAGUCGGCCGGAAGCGAAGCGCAGGAGGCGGGGGUGGAGAUGAACCUCCCAAAAAGAAAAAGAAGGGUCCUGACCCGGCCCUUAAAGCCCAACGGGAAGCCGAAAAGCAACGCAAGGCCCAGGAGAAGGCCAACCGCUUGAAGCUCAAGGAGGAGCAAGUUAAAGCGAAGAAAGGGAAGGGAAAGAAAGCUGGUCAAAUAGCAGCGUGAGAUUAUUUCUUGUGUCAAGUUUGGAGAGAGGCUGAAGCAGAUAGAUAUGAGAAGUGGCCGAAUGAGGAGCCUGCAGGAAACGUUGCGGGAUCCCCGAUUUUAUUUUUAAUUGGUGUGAAUCUUUUAUUGUUGAUGUGAUGGACAAGAGUAAUUUAAUCGGUUGAAAAUUGCAAAAUAACACCCGUAAAGCAUGAGCCUGCCC